AUGGCGCCCUCGUUCACGGAUGCCUGGAAGACUGCAAUAGAAGCCGAGAAAGAGCUUCUGCAAUGCUUCUCGCAAGAACGGCGCACAUUCGAUGAAUUCGAACAUUUCCUCUCCGAGUUCCGAACCUCUUCUCAGAAUGCAAUCCUCCUCGAUUUCAAUGCUUCCCGCGAGGCCGAUGUGGAGACUCGCCUUUGGGAUGCGCACUUGAAAGUGAACAAUCGGUUUCGCAAGCAGUUGAUUCGCUUUCGCGAAGAGCACGGCAAGAAAAAACCAGUGGAGAGGCGGAAACUCGAACGCCAUUAUCUCGAUUUCAUUAAGUCAAGCCAGCGGUUUUACCGAGGAUACAUCCAGCACUUGUCGUCGCGAUUUGGGGGGAUUGUUGAGUUGGAGAGAGUGGCGCGCAAGUUCAAUUUUGAGAAUCUGUCCGGCCAACCUCCUAUCAAGCCCUCCAAAGACCUGCGUAGGCUGAUUCUCCAGUCUUGCCACGCAACUCUUAUCCGGCUGGGAGACCUUUCCCGCUAUCGUGAAUCGGAACUCGUCAGCAAAGAUCGCAACUGGGGCCCUGCCAUCGGUUAUUAUGAUUUGGCGUCGGUGAUCAACCCUGCUUCGGGUGCAUCUCAGAACCAAUUGGCAAUUAUCGCUCUCGCGGAUGGAAAUCAUCUUCGUGCUACCUACCAUCUCUACAGAGCCCUGUCAGCCCAAGAACCCCAUCCUACUGCGAAGGGCAAUCUGGAGAUUGAACUCCGAAAAAUCAUGAGUGCUUGGGCUAAGAAAGAGCUGAUCCGCCCCGAAGAUGCCGGUAUCCCUGGAAGGGCCUUGACCUCGUGGUUUCUUUAUCUCCAUGCCAAAUGUUACAAGGGCACCGACUUCCCCGAGCACGAUGAGUUGGAGAGUGAAGUUCUCAGUCAACUAGCAGUAGAGAUUAGAGAACGAUCACUAGAGGGGACACUUCAAAAGUUCUGUCUCAUUAAUAUUGCGGCCGAGGAUUUUGCUAAGGUCCGGUCUAUUGAAGAGUCUGUCUUAGAAGCACGCGUCUUUUUCCAACGCAUCAACGUGAAGACAUUUUUCACCUUACUGCAAAUACUUUUGGUCGAACUCGAACGAACUGCUUCUUUUGAAGAUCCGAACAGCAAAGAUGAAAUGCCUAUCCCAGACAAGGUGUCCGUGGUUGCUCGUCGGAUCCUGCCCGCGCUUCGCCAUUACAGCUCCUGGCUGCUUACAAAUAGCAAGUCUCUGGUUGAGCAGAAGGAGGAAAAAGAUUCGGCGCUCUCGAUUCAAAUCAAAGAGUUCUGGAAAAUCUAUGCCGGUACGCUGAGCCUGCUCGCAUCCUCGUUUGAUGUGGUCAGCCUUCCCGAGGUCGAUUAUCUAUUGGAAGAAGACGAAGAAAGUCUUGGUUUUGCACCUCUAGAUCAGGAUGCCACUUCUCGCCGAUACGUUGGAAGUCGUGAUCAGCCAAAGCCCAGGAUGCACGAUCUUGGGAUUGAAAGAAGUCACCCCAACAUGGAAAUGCUCUAUCGAAUUCGUGAAUUCGUGAUUGAUGGACUCGACUUGGUUGUUAACGGAAAAAUACCCGUGGCUCUUGUGGACAGUGAAGACAAGAAGACAUUUAUCUAUCAAGAAGAGGAUCUGCCUUCGCAAUUCUAUUCCAGCCCUCAUGGCCGCCAGAAUGCACUUCCGGUUGCGAGCAUCGAGCGUGAGGAUAUCCCACAGGCCGGUCAAAAUGCAUACUCUGCCGCAGAAGCCCAAAGUCUGUUCGGCGGUUCCCAGUCUGCAUCGGCAUCUAUGUCCGCCAACAUGCAUCAGAUCGUUGAGGGCGUUGAACGACUUGUUGACUCGGACACGUAUGAAACCCCAUCCAAUGGCCAAUUUGCUUUCAUGAAUUCGGGGGAGAUAUCGACACCUACGCAUGUCUCACCCAAUGUCAAUGCUUACCCGUUCCGGAACGAAAACUCUCCACCACUCACCACUCCCAUGGCUCCUCCACCUGGGCUUGGUCCACCAGUCAUAAAUACAGCUGAGCCUACAUCGGCGCAAUCAUAUACCCCACGGCCUGCCAUUCCCAGCAUCCCUAGCAUUUGGACACCACUGAGAGACACCGCCCCUCCACGAACGCCCCCUGGCCUUGGUCCACAACAUGGCCAGCGAGCUCCACUGCACCCCAUGGCUUCUGGAAAUGCCAUGCCUUCUGAGCGCUCGCCGUCGCAAGAUCAGUUAGCAAAUGAGCUCAUGCUCCGACAGCACUUGAUGGCCCAGACCCAGUUUUCAAGCUCACUGGACGUAGGAUCAAUGCCCACACCGUGGGCAUCAUCCAUCUCUCAUGCUCGUCCCACCGCCAGCGGUUGGGAUCAUGGCCGAGCGACCUUCGGUGCAUUCGAACUCCCGAGCCAGACGAUGUCCAGCAGCCUGGGACAUCAGUCAUGGGCCAAUGACGCUUUCAUCGCCAGCAGCCUCGCUGGGGCAACUCCCUACAGCUCCGGGAUUGGCGGGCGCAAGCCUGCAACCCAGCUUGGAGCAGUCGGUCAAACCCCACCCUGUGGCCAAGGAGGCUGA